AAGCAGCCCGGGGGGCGCAGCCAGGGGCGUCGCUGGCUGCCUUGUUUGUUUUGUUUCGUCCCAGCGCUCCAUGCACCGCGGCGAGAGCGCGGCGUCCCAGAAGACGACAGGGAACGAGUCCCGCUCCUCCCCCCUGGAAACGCAGUUGCAGAAUCUAGAAGUAUGGAUCUUUGUCUGUUGCUGUUUAUAUUGGCACUGGUGUCUGCGAGCGAUUCUCUCCCCACAAGCAAGGCUCCAUCGGGAAGACCACAGAUCAUUAAGUGUAGAUCACCUGAAAUGGAAACAUUUUCAUGUUACUGGAGUAUCGGCGAUUUCUCCCACUUAACUGCUCCAGGAACAAUACAACUGCUGUAUUCCAAAAGGCAGAGUGAAUGGAAAGAAUGGAGAGAAUGUCCUGACUACAUAACUGCCGGUGAAAACAGCUGUUACUUCAACACAUCCUACGCCUCUGUUUGGGUUCCUUAUUGUAUCAAACUAGUUGAAGGAAACCAGACUUACGAUGAUGAUUAUUGUUUCCGUGUGGAGGACAUAGUGAUACCAGACCCUCCUGUUGGACUCAACUGGACAAUGCUGAACACCAGCCCAUUAGGCAACUAUGCAGAUAUCCAAGUCAGCUGGAAGCCUCCGCCCUCCGCUGAUGUUCAGAAUGGAUGGAUCACGCUCAACUACCAGCUACAGUACAAAGAAGUAAAUGUGACAAAAUGGAGUGUGCUGGAGCCAAACCAAGCCGCAACAUUUCCAGUGUAUGCAUUGAAGAUAUGCCAUGAUUAUGAGAUACGAGUCCGAGCACAAGGACUACCUGAAAUUUAUGGGGAGUUCAGUGAAGUGCUUUAUGUGUCUUUUGGUUCCAUGGCUGUGGCACCGUGUGAGGAAGAGUUCCAGGUUCCUUGGCCUUUGGUGAUGGCCUUUGGAACGCUCGGCCUGAUGGUGCUGUUGUCUCUAGUUCUCUUCUCGAAACAGCAGAAGUUAAAGAUACUGAUUCUUCCUCCUGUUCCAGUGCCCAAAAUUAAAGGAAUUGAUCCAGAGCUCUUAAAGAAAGGAAAACUUGACGAAGUCAACUCCAUCUUAGCCAGUCAUGGUAGCUACAUGCCACAGUUGUACGGAGAUGACUCUUGGGUGGAAUUCAUUGAGCUGGACAUAGACGAGGCAGAAGAGAGGACUGAAGGGUCAGAUACUGACCGGCUCCUUGGUGAUGACCGCUUGAAGUCUCAUGGCUGCCUUGGAGUGAGGGACGAUGAUUCCGGGCGGGCCAGUUGCUGUGAGCCUGAUAUCCCGGAGACUGACUUCAGCGCAAGUGACACGUGUGAUGGAACCUCGGAUGUCGACCGGUCCAAAAAGGCAAGCGAUAAAGAAGAGGAUCUCUUGUGCCUUGAACAAAAAGACAGUGGAGAGAAGCCAGCGUCAAGUCUUGAUAAGGCAUCUACUCAGCUGCCGUCCGAUGACCCAGCCAAAGACAAGCAGCCCAAAGCCCGUGUUUCUGUCACCGGCAGUGCAGAGAUGACCAGCCCGCCUGUCCAAACCCAGCUAAGCAACCAGAGUUCAGUGGCCAACAUUGACUUUUAUACACUGGUCAGCGACAUUACACCUGGAGGAAGUGUUGUGCUCUCUCCGGGACAAAAAUUGAAGAUGGGGAGAGCCCAAAGUGAGGGUCAGAAAGAACCGGUGGCACAGUGCCAGCCAAGCUUUGCCAUGGACAGUGCCUAUUUCUGUGAGUGGGAUGUGAAAAAAUGUGUCACUGUGACGCCUCGCCCAGAGGCAGAGCCAGAAGUUCAAGAGCAGAGCUUUCCUGAGGGUGCUUACUUUGACACCGAGAGCCUUACCACUAGAGCUGUGAACCCUGCUAUGGCAGCAGUGGAGGAAGAACCAGAACGUUUGGAGAUGCCUGUGGCGGACUAUACUUCCAUUCAAGUAGUACAGUCCCCACAAGGCCUUGUGCUCAAUGCUACAGCUGUCCCUGUGCCAGACAAGGAGUUCCUCGUAUCGUGUGGUUAUGUGAGCACAGACCAACUUAACAAAAUCCUGCCAUAACAUUUUUCCUCUUGACUAUGUGGAAAAUAGUAUCAUCCUACUCAAGCCACACCUCCAUGAGGCUCCAAAACACACAUGGAGCUCUCCAAGAACAGGGGUUCCCCCGAUUCACUUCAGUAUUACAGAAAAUGUCUCACGUUUGCAGAACAUUACCAACAUUUACAUGAAGGGGAAGCCCAUGCUCGUGUGGAGCUUCAUGUGUAUAUUGGAGAACCUGCAUGCUCAUUUGGAGCCUUUGAAUUGGGAUAUAUGCAUAGAGUUGGCUUGGCCUCAUGUAUGCUUAAACCAAAACAAAUAUGUUCAAUAUUUUCAAAGGGGGGUGAUGGUACAACACCUUCCACUUUUACCCACAAUGUUGAAUCAAUCACAGUAUUGCUGUCAUGUCUUGUAAAUAUUGUCUUAUGAAAUGUUGCUGGGGCUUGUUCAGUAGCAGUGAAUGUGUUUCGUUAUUGUAGGUGUUAAUUUUGGGAUAUUCUUAAUACAUUGGAUGGUUACAUAAUGUGUCAUAAAUAAUCUUUAUUCAAAAAGCUAAUAUCAGCUGGGCAGGUUCAUUUUGAACAUUUGAUGUUCAGUCAUACUAUAUGCUGAGAUGUUUAUACUGGGAAUUGGAGAAUGAAACAUUGGGUAGGGAAGCAACAAUUGUUAGGUUAAAUAAUACAUUUAUUUUGAUUUAUAUAAAUAUAAACCUAUUUUAAUACUUUAGAAGAGCAGAUAUGGGUAUUUUAUAUUUCCGCUGUACACCGUAGUUUUAAGGAUCCAUCUAUGAAAUGAUUCGGCUGCAAUCCAUUGCAGCAAUUUGAAAAAAAUUAAUAUAAAGAAAAAAAUAUUUUUUACAGAAUGUUUUUAUACCUCCACAAAAGCGAUAGAGAAUUAAAGCUGCAAAACUACUUUAUUGGGGCCUAUUUGUUUCUUAAAAGUACUAUUCAUACCUUUUGUAGCAAAUCGCAACGCGUACAAUACUUUCCGUCCUCAGAUAUUUCUUUAUUGUUAUACCAACACAUCAUACAGUUUCUAGCAGUAAAAAGUAAAAUAGGUUUGGAUUUUUCAGGGCCUUUCGGGGACACAAUUACGCUUUUAUGGGACAUUUAGAAACACGCAAAAGUAAGCACCAGUGACUUGACAAUACUGUUCUUCAUAAGAAAGCCUUAGGUCCUUCACUCAGAAAUCUACCAAGGAACUCAGUACUAAUAUGGAGUGAAAGCCGAGAUGGGGACUUCAGGUUAUUUUAAAGCUCAGACUCUGAAUCAGACGAAAUUGCAGAACUCAGCACAGUAUUUUUAAUGAAGCAAUUUUUUAAUUUUUAUUUUGGUUUGCAUAUUCCGCACACCUCAGCUUUUGUAGAAAGGCUUUAAAGAAGCCUUAUUUACAUUUAUAUGGGUUUUUUCCCCUCAAGGUACGCCUUAACAUGCUUAAUUUCAGAUUCUGUUUACAUAAUCAAGGGUAAAAUUUAAGGGUUACAUUCAAAGGCCUAUUCAAAUGUGCAAGCUCCACAUGGUUAUUUCCCCUAUGCUGUCGUAUAGUCAGGUGUCACUACUGCACUGAGCCUGCAGGUGCCAUACCUGAAUCUAGAACUGAAAUGGCUCCAGCUCAGACUUCCUGAAGUCAGUGGCCUCAGUCAGGGGCCUGGAGCCCAGUCUCAAACUCAGAAUUCAAAACCUCUGGUCAUACAAAGCUGCCUUACGCUGAAUCAGACCAUUGGUCCAUCUAGCCCAGUAUUGUCCAUUCCUGACAGCAGGUCACCACCAUCUUGAGUGGAGGUCUUUUGCAUCACCUGCUACCUGAACCUUUUUCUAAACUGGAGAUGCCAAGGAACAAACCUGUAGGUAAAGCACAUGCUCUACCACUGAGCUAGUGACCCCCUGGCAGUGGGUACAAACCUGAGGAGGGAAACCUUUACCGUAAGGCAUUCUUGUUCGCUUGAUUGCGGUGGCUGGCAAAGGUGCACCUGCAGCCAUCCAAAUGGCUGCUGGCUAUAUUGCCACAUUCACACUAAUACGUAACAGAGUGGAGAAACUAAGGCCUUAGUAAGACCUAAGGUUUAUCCCGGGGUCAUCCCAGGGUCAUCCCUGUUCAUAUAAAUGACACACAGGAUAUCCCGGGAGCAGGCAGGGACGACCCCGGGAUGAUCCCGGGAUAAACCUUAGGUCUAGCUAAGGCCUAUGAAGGGCUUAUGUAUGGAUUGCCUUGAACAGGAUUUAAAUCUAGGAGAAGAGUUCUUGGAGUAACAGGAGUUCUUCCUUUCCACCAUGGUUACUUCUAAGUCAGGAGGCAGGCCGCCAAAGUUUGUGGCUAUCUGAAAAGCUGUGAUCAUGGAAUGUGGAGUCCAAGCAUCUUCCUGGAAAUGUGAUUAAGGUGGUUGUCUGUUAGUUUUUUUAAUGAGACGAAAGUCCACAUCUAGACCCUCAGUUACCAAUGUUUGCCUUGGGCUACAGUCCUAAGUAUAAGUGCAGUACAAUCCUACCUAUGUUUACUUGAAAGUAAUUCCCACUGUGUAAAAUGGGGCUGACUCCGCAGUCCGUGUAUUUUAUGAUUGCAACCUUAAGUAGGAAGAAGUCCCACAGGACUCCAUGGACUUUCUUCUAAAUAAACAUGCUUAGGAUCACACUGAUGCAGUUGGAGCUUGGUUGCACAUUACUCACUGUGAUGAUUUAGAAUUUUUGAAGGGUUUCCCCCAACAAUUAAGGAAAGCUGGAGCAGCUUUCUUUUCACAUUGUGAUUGUAAUGUGUAGCCAGGCUCUGUGAGUGUAAUGUAUUGGGAAGCAGGGAUAAUGAGCAACUAGGUUACCCUCCAGACAGCUCCCACCAUCCUUGACCAUUGGCUAUGCUGGCUGGCACUUGUGGGAGUUGUAAUUGCAUACCCCUGCUCUGAGGGACCCUGUCAGAAGUAACAGCCUGUAUCUCAAAUGGGUUGAGCUCCCCAUAAGCAGAUGACAGCCAGCACCAGCAGUGGCGUGAAAUGGUUCACAGGUGGUUUUUGUUGUUGUUUUUUAAUGACCGCAAAUUUGAUCCGAGGGCCAACAAUAGUGAAUUUUAAAAUCCCAGCAUUCCAGGGUCAUGUAAGCAAGUCUUGAGAAGCAAAUCACACGCAUAAGCUUUUUUAAAAAAGAAAGAAUGUAGCUCAGAAACAAAUCAUUAUUUACUUCUGAAAUAAUCUUUUCUGGUGCACUCACUAUUUUAACAAAUAUGUCUAUAUUUAAACAAAAUAUAAGCAAGGAAGUUGCCUUCUCGACGGAUGGAAUUGGGAAAUUCUGUAUCUGGCUUGUACUUUUAAGAUGAUGUUUAUUAGAUGCUCUGCUAACUUGCUGUUACAUUUUUUCUAACAGCUGCUUUUAGUUUUAGGCACGAAUGCCAUUAAAGCUAUGUCUCUCUUGGGUGUGGGGGGCAAGGGAGUCUUUAUGCUACAUUUCUCUUGAGAGAGUGUUUCAAUCACCAAAAAACUAGUUAAAUACCUCAAUCAAUCUCAGAAUGUCAUUUUGGUACUUUGCUGGUUACAUAAGCCAUUAUGCCACAUUAUGAAUAUUUGUGUCUUUCUGUUUAUAUUUAACUUGCCUUAUGUCAGUGUUCUUAUUUCCUCCUCAAAGUUUAAUAAAUUUAUUUUCUUCAAUCCA